AUACCACUCUGCCUACGCUGUAUCCGGCCGUGACUUCUUCCUCCGAGCGCCCAUGCUUGUUUCCCACGAGUGAAGAAAGUCCCUUCUCUCCUACAGAUCAUCACGUCGAGUCCCUGAAUAAGUCUCGACGGGGCGCGAUUCACGGCUUUUCGCUAUCGUCCGCUUAACCUGAGGGACGCGGCGCACACUGCCGCGAUUCUCCUCAACCCGUCAACAUGGCGACAAAUUUCCUGCCAAGGAAGCUUCGAGCAAGCAGUACGGAAGAUGCCCAGGAACCUAGUUGGCUGAAGCAUCGAGUGACCCCCAUUCUGCAAGCUGUAUCUGGCCACGCUUGUAGACACCCCAUCCACACGAUCGUGGUGGUCGCCCUGCUGGCCAGUACUACCUACGUUGGUCUCCUCGAAGGAAGUCUAUUCGAGGCAACUUCGCGCAACAACGGUCAAUUGGAUGUGGACUCGUUACUUGCGGGUGGUAGAAAUCUUCGCUUGGGAGAGCGCACUGCAUGGAGAUGGCAGGUCGAGGACGGCAAGACGUUGGAAGGCAAUGAGAUCUCUCAGCAUCUUGCCCUGGCUACGUUUAUUUUUCCGGACACCAGCUCUAAAACCGAAUCGACGGCACCUUUGGCUGAGGAGAUCCCUCUGCCGGCCAAUGCAUCUGCUCAGCCGGUCCCGCAUACUCCCAACCUGUUUGCUCCUUUCUCUCACGAUUCCUCACUUGCGUUUACGGUUCCCUUCGAUCACAUCUCUGAUUUCCUGAAGGCGGUUCAAGAGAUCCCGGAUUCCGCCACUGGUGAAGAUGAGGUGCAAGGAAAGAAGUGGGUUAUGAAAGCCGCUCGUGACUCGCGACUUGGAUUCCGGAAACCGCUGAAGGCUUGGUUUUCUGACGCGUGGGGUUCCUUCGUCGACUUGAUCAAGCAUGCUGAGACGAUUGACAUCGUGAUCAUGACGUUGGGAUACCUGGCGAUGCAUCUGACCUUCGUUUCUCUUUUCCUGUCAAUGAGACGCCUAGGAUCAAAGUUUUGGCUCGCCACAGCGGUUCUCUUCAAUGGCGCAUUCGCUUUUUUGUUCGGUCUGCUUGUGACGACCAAGCUGGGUGUUCCCAUCAACGUGCUCCUACUCUCUGAGGGACUUCCCUUCCUCGUCGUGACUGUCGGAUUCGAGAAGUCUAUUAUCCUCACGAGAGCUGUCCUUUCUGCUUCGACUGAUACCAGACGCCAAGCACCCGGUGCUGCUGGACGCCCCAACUCGCCGAAAUCUAUUCAAGAGUCGAUCCAACUGGCUGUCAAAGAAGAAGGAUUCGCCAUUGUCCGAGACUACUGCAUCGAGAUCGCGCUCCUUACAGCUGGAGCCGCGUCUGGCGUGCAGGGAGGCUUGCGACAGUUCUGCUUCCUGGCGGCUUGGAUCCUGUUCUUCGACUGCGUCCUGCUGUUCACCUUCUAUGCUACUAUCCUCUGUAUCAAGCUUGAGAUCACGAGAAUCAAGCGUCAUGUUGCUCUCCGGAAGGCCCUGGAGGAAGAUGGUGUCAGUCAACGUGUUGCUGAGAAUGUCGCUUCAAACAGUGACUGGACUCAAGUGGGUUCCGACGACAACAAGGCGAAGGAGGCUGGUGUCUUUGGGAAGAAGAUCAGGGCGAGCAGUGUGCCGAAAUUCAAGAUCCUGAUGGUUAGCGGUUUUAUCCUGGUCAACAUUGUGAACCUCUCUACCAUCCCCUUCCGGAACCCUGACCAGGGCGCGAGUCUCCCUGUUCUCUCGCGAAUCUCCAACGUUCUGGCCCCUACUCCGAUUGACCCCUUCAAGGUCGCUGAGAACGGUUUGGAUUCGAUCUACGUCUCUGCGAAGAGUAAGAAAUUGGAGACUCUAGUGACUGUGCUACCUCCGAUCAAAUACAAAUUGGAGGCUCCCUCGGUUCACUAUGGCCAAGCUGGUGAGAGUCGCGCGUUUGAUAUCGAGUACACCGAUCAGUUCCUGGAUGCUGUGAGUGGAAAGGUGAUCGGAAGUAUGCUUAAGAGCCUCGAAGAUCCCGUUAUCAGCAAAUGGAUAAUUGCCGCUCUGACCUUGAGUAUUGUACUGAACGGAUACCUCUUCAACGCUGCCAGAUGGAGUAUCAAGGAACCGGAGACUUCCCGAGUCACCCCACAAGAGCCUCGUGUGGAACGCAAGGUCGAGUUCCAAAAGGUUGAGAUCAAACAAGACGGCUCGACGAGAACUCGGGAAGAGUGUGAGGCCAUGCUGAAGGAAAAGCGUGCGUCACUGUUGACGGACGAGGAGCUGAUCGACCUCUCUCUGCGCGGCAAAAUCCCUGGCUACGCCCUGGAGAAGACCAUGGAAGAUCAGAACAUCAUGAGCCGCGUUGAUGCUUUUACGAGGGCCGUCAAAAUUCGUCGCGCUGUUGUGUCCAGGACUCCAGCUACUGCUGCUAUUACCAGCUCUCUGGAAUCAUCCAAGCUUCCAUACAAGGAUUACAAUUACGGUCUUGUGCACGGUGCAUGCUGUGAGAAUGUUAUCGGAUAUCUGCCCCUGCCUCUGGGAGUUGCUGGCCCUAUGGUCAUUGACGGUCAGAGUUACUUUAUUCCAAUGGCUACGACUGAGGGAGUUCUGGUCGCCAGUACAAGUCGAGGUUGUAAGGCCAUCAAUGCAGGCGGUGGUGCUGUUACUGUGAUCACCGGCGAUGGUAUGACUCGUGGCCCUUGUGUUUCCUUCCCCACACUUUCACGAGCCGGUGCUGCAAAGAUCUGGCUCGACUCUGAGGAGGGAAGAAGCGUCAUGACUGCCGCUUUCAACAGCACCAGUCGAUUUGCUCGUCUCCAGACUAUGAAGACCGUCCUGGCAGGCACUUACCUUUACAUUCGAUUCAAGACUACCACUGGUGAUGCCAUGGGUAUGAACAUGAUCUCGAAGGGUGUCGAAAAGGCGCUCCAUGUCAUGGCUACCGAAUGCGGCUUCGACGAUAUGAUCACGAUCUCCGUAUCUGGUAAUUUCUGUGCAGACAAGAAGCCCGCUGCUGUGAACUGGAUCGACGGCCGUGGCAAGUCUGUCGUGGCAGAGGCUAUCAUCCCGGGUGACGUUGUCAAGAGCGUCUUGAAGACUGACGUGGAAUCUCUGGUCGAACUCAAUACCAGCAAGAACUUUAUUGGUAGUGCCGUCGCAGGAAGCAUUGGUGGUUUCAAUGCGCACGCAUCCAACAUCGUCACGGCGCUUUUCCUCGCUACUGGUCAGGAUCCAGCGCAGAACGUCGAGAGUAGCAACUGCAUUACCAUCAUGAAGAAUGUGGGCGGUAAUCUCCAGAUUUCCGUUUCGAUGCCAUCGGUCGAGGUUGGAACUAUCGGCGGCGGUACCAUCCUUGAGGGACAGUCUGCUAUGCUUGAGCUUUUGGGUGUCCGCGGCUCUCACCCUACGACUCCUGGUGACAACGCGCGCCAGCUUGCUCGUAUUGUCGCCGCUGCUGUUCUUGCCGGAGAGCUGAGUCUCUGCUCAGCCCUGGCUGCCGGCCACCUGGUCAAGGCGCAUAUGGCGCACAACCGCAGCCAAGCUCCCACGCGAGUGUCAACUCCCGUGUCCGCGGCCGUCGGUGCUGCGAAGAGCGCACAGACCCUGACGAUGACCUCGUCGAAGUAAUGAAAAAGAACAAAAAAAGGGUUGCGUCUUGAUGCGCGCUCACUUGUACAUAUAAAAUGGGCUGGUAUCAUCAACGCGUCGAUGCCCUCCUCCCCCUUAAAGAUCUGUCGCGGUUACUUGUUA